AUGUCGCAACUUGUUUCAAACUAUGAAAAUUCAAUAAGCAGUUUUAUUAAGAGUGCCAAAGAAAUCCACGAAAUUCUCGUGUCACUAACAGCACUUGAAAACGACCAAGCACUUAAAUUGAAUACAAUUCUAGAUGUUGUUUUACCACUAGUUGCCACAAUUUAUCGAAAUAUGGAGAGCUCAUUGGAAAUUAUUCAAAUACCAACGAGCUUGCAGGAGUCCUUAGAGUUUAGUGGGACAGAAUUGUGGAAUUCUACUAGUUCAUUUGCAUCCCAUUUGGACGCCAUUUACAAGGUGAAAUUAUACUCCAUUUUGUUGCUAAUUGUGUAUGAAACUUUGAAUCCAAAUGUAGAUAGAUGUCUUACCAAUAUUUCCUGUCUAUUGAAUUUGUAUUCUAGUGCCAUUACCAAUGCCAUUAAUGAUGUUUCUGAUAAAUGCAAUAUAUACUUGGAACCAAUGAUAGGAAAAUUAAUGGGAAUUAACAAGGAUAUGCCGUUGAAGGAUCAAAAGCGGCAACUACUAAAUGAGUACUACCACAAGCUGACUAUUCUCAAUUUGAACUAUGCAGCUAUAAAUAACAAUUUUGUGCUUGCAAGAAACUAUGAAAGCAAAUUGAGCUCCUACAAAAACUUGUCAGACCCCUUCUUUCUUGGAGAAUGCAGCAGAGUGCUUUAUAAUCAUUGUUUGCAGUUAUAUGAACACAGUGAUUUUGAAAAUGCAAAAUUUUUGAUUUUGAUUGCCAUUAAGCAUUUAGAAAGUAACACAAUGGAUUCACUGUUCUUUCAAGAAAAGUAUUUCAAUUGUUAUGUCUUACUAAUUAAAACUUAUAAAUCAAUUGGCACUCCAGAAACCCAACGCAACAUCAAAAAAGCAUUCAGCCAUAUGCAACAUCAGUUUCCGAAUAAAUUUGAAAUGUAUUGUCUAUAUUUUGAAAUAUGCGAUGAUGCAGAAGAAGUGGAAACAGAAGACGUGUUAAUGCGUUUAGUAACUUCUGUUGAUACUGCUGCAUAUUUUGAAAAAACAGUCGACUUGCUAAAACUAAAUGUAAACAAAUGCUUUCGAGGGGUCAACAAAUGCAUAGAUUAUUUGCUUGCACAUAUUAAUUCUAACCCUUCUUUUAGUGAUACUUUGAUAACUACCAAAUUCGUAGUCAACGUUUUGUUGAACACCAGCAAAGAUUCUGAAGAAACCCUAAAAGAGCUACAGCUGUUCUUGCAAUUUGCAGAAAAAUCGCUACAAAAACAAUUAUCAGGAACUACAAAAACGAGUAUUGUUGCAAUUAUAUGGUCACAGGGAAUAAAGUUUUAUAAACAAGCUGAGUAUAUCGAAAGCUUAGAAUGGUUAAAGAUAGCUUUAUCACGACUUUUCUAUACCGAUUACAAGGAGAAUCAAGACAGAGGGAAAGUUUUGAGGGUCAUCCAGAACAAUUACUUUCUGCUUGGAGAAUACAAUCAAGUUAUUUCCACAGCUUCGCAAAUGGAUCCUGAAGAUAAAAAUGCACCGCUUACCCAGUUUAAUUUGUUCAGAGCCAACUUAAUGUUAGGAAAUGAAAAAUUGGCACUAGAAUGUAUUGACAAAAUUCUCAGUAAUGAUGAUUCACUAACUGUUUUAACUAUCGCUGUUUGUAUACUUGAAAGUAAAGGUAAACUACCCCUCGAGGCUAUCAGGUCAAUUUUCUUAAAAUUAGUUGAGCAUAUAUGUGAGAUGGAAUUGACAAAAGAAAGCAUAUCUAAACUUGAAUCUCAUAAUGUUGUUUUACCAAUCUGCUGUCGGUGUGCUGUUGUGAUGUACCUUACUGAACUUGAAAACAGUGGGAAUUUGAGUGAAAGUACUUUACAUUCUUUGAAAGAAUUGCUUGAAAAUAGUUGUGCAAUUGCUAAAAAAAUAGCACCAACACAAAUUCACAUAUUUACAAUUGAUGACUUGGAGUGGCUCGCUAGCAAGUCAUACAAUAUAGCCAUGUCUUGUCAAAAUGGAGAGUUGAAUUCCUUUGUUGGUCUAUUCUACAAAAUUUGUAUUGCGUUUAUUGAUUUGAUUUCUCCAGAUAUUGAAGCAGAAAGAGGAGAACAGUUAAUACUCUGGAAAGUAAGAGCCACUAUUUUUGGUAUUUUAAACACUUGUUUGGAUUGCUCCCUAGGAGCGAGUGAGUGGAUUGCAAUCAGAGAAAAAUGUCUUGAGUUAAAAGGCGUUGUUUAUAAGCAAAACGAUACUGAUUCUAAUUGGAAAGAAUGCUUGCAACAAAUAAUCGUGAUUCACUUCCAAGCGGAGUUGUCACUGGGGUCCAGUCAAAGCUUGCAUGAUAUCGUUCUUGAAUGUAAAGGCUUUAAACCAGCAGUUUGCAAUGACAUGUAUGAUUUAUUUAUCCAAUUAAUCACAGAUUCUGAAAUACAGAUUUCUAAUCAAAAGAGAAAACAAUUGAUAGGUCUGGUAAUCAGUCAAGCAAUCAAAAACAUAGAGCCCUCUCAAGUUAAAAACAUAAUUACUUGGAUGAGGUUGCUCAUGGAAGUUUCAGGGCAUAAUUUUAGUUCCGAGGAAGAAGUUUUGAUGUUACAACUGUAUAAAUUGAUCAAAGCAAAUAGAAACGAGAUAACUAUUCCAACUUUCGAGAUGGAAUGGCUUGCAACAAAAUCAUGGAAUCAUGGAAUCUAUUUGUUGAUAGAUCAAGAGGAUCAAAAAACUGGUAUCAAGUGGUGUAGCUUUGGUAUAUUGUUUUCAAAAUUCAUUCAUGAAAGGCUUUUGCAACAGUUUUAUCGAUUGUGGGAUGAUUUAGUACAGGAUUUAAGAAUUUCUAAUAAAUUACUUGAAUCAGAAAUAAGUAAAUAUGAAUAA